AUGGCAAGCUUGGAAAAAGGCGUUCCACCCACGGAUGAGGAGGUGACCAGUGAUGGCUUUCGCGCCUCUACUGGAGAGAGACACCCAGCUAAGCGACCUCAUUUGCCAGUGAAAUGGUAUCGCUCGACAUUCUAUAAUGCCCUCAUCCUGGGUAUUUGCAACUUUUUGGCCCCGGGCAUCUGGGGUGCAAUGAAUUCGUUAGGAGGAGGUGGCGAGGAGAAACCAUAUCUCGUCAAUACCGCAAACGCCUUGACCUUCUGCCUGAUGACGGUAUCCUGCUUUUUUGGCAGUGUUGUUGUUCGCUUCAUCGGCAUCAAGUGGACUUUGAUCAUCGGCACGAUGGGAUAUGCACCUUACGCGGCCGGACUAUACACCAACAAUCGCUUUGGGGAUACAUGGCUAGUCAUUCUCGGCGCAGCACUGUGUGGUAUCUCUGCUGGCCUCUUCUGGAUGGCUGAAGCCGCAAUCGCACUUUCUUAUCCUGAGCCUUAUAACCAGGGUCGCUUUAUGGGCUUCUGGCUGAGUUUCCGUGUUGGUGGACAAAUCCUGGGCGGUGCCAUCAAUCUAGGGAUAAAUAUCCAUCGUAGCACUGCGGGCAGUGUAUCAUAUACGGUAUACAUCAUCUUCAUCGUACUGCAAGCAUUGGGCCCGUUUGCUGGAUUAUUUCUCAAUACGCCAUCUCAAGUGCAGAGGACAGAUGGCAUCCCUGUCCGCCUUCACGUGGAUCACACCAUUGGAUUCGAGUUGAAAACAAUGGUCAAGCUCUUCAUCAACCGGAAAUUUCUGCUCAUCACUCCUUUCAUUUGCCAGGCAGUCUAUUCAGAGGCUGUAAUGUUCUCGUACGAAGGCCUGUGGUUUUCCGUACGCUCAAGAGCUCUAGGUUCGUUCCUGUCUGGAAUUAUCGCCGUGAUUGCAGGAAACCUUUUGGGCACUUUCCUUGACACCAAAUCGAUUUCGCUGAAGACUCGUGUACGGUCCGCAUUUGUCUUUGUAGUUGCUUGGCAAGGAAUGUGCUGGAUCUGGGGAUCGAUUGUGACGACAGAGUACAACAAGACCAAUCCUGUAUAUGAUUGGACCGAUGCAGGCUUUGGAAAAGCCUUCGCUCUUUUUCUGUUUUGGGUUGCUGGGUUUCAACUCAACUACAUGUUCCUAUUCUUCUUGGUUGGCAACCUGGCCGAUGAUGAUGAAGAAGUUGUCCGCAUCGCAGGCUUGUUACGGGGAACCGAGUCUGCUGCACAGGCUGUCUCUUAUGGCCUCAGCAGUGUUACCGUUAUGGCUGCUGUAGGAAGUAUCUAUCUCAACUUUUGCCUGUGGGGCAUUGCCAUCUUUCCAGCGUGGCUCCUCAUCAGAGAGGUUGGAGUCGGGAAGUAUAUUGAUAAGAAAGUUGAAAGAGAGACUCAGCAGCGUGUCGCGGUCGAGACCGAACAGUCUUAA